AUGGCGAAUAUUAUGGAACAAAAAAUUAAUCUAAUAUUAUUUAUUAAAAUUACUGCGUUUUUCCUAUUAACGUGGAUAUGUCAUUUUAACCGUUAUAGGAUUUUUAACAGAUCUGUGAAUGAGAAAUUCGACUUUGAUCAUAAAUUCGGCACAAUAAAUAAUCGAUUACUAGGAAAACAUAAACAGUAUAUGAGUUCAAAUAAUAUAGAGUUAAAGGACGAUAUGUCAAAUUAUGGGGAAUGGAAAAAAAGAAAUUUAUCUAAUAAUGAAAAAGGGUCGAAAGAAAUAAAAAAACAAGCUAAUAGAAGCAUACUAGAUAAGGCGCAAUACUAUACAGAAGUUUUAGAUUAUAAUAAUGGAAUGUUUGAUGGAAAGUAUUUUCAUUUUGAAAAAAAAUGGGUUAAAAAAAAGGAUUAUGAUACUUUUCUUGAAAAAAAAAGGAGAAUUCAAAAUAUAGCUUUAAAAAAAAUAAAAUUUAGAAGUUACGGAUGUGGAAUUACUAUAAUCUUUUUUUUUUUCUUAUUGGGAAUAGGAUUACCAAUAGUACGUGUAUAUGAGUUAAGUGAAAGUCCACAUUUUACACCAUUUAAAGAUUGUUGGAAAUUUAUAUAUAAAACAUUAGGUCUAGGAACAGGUACAGGAACAGGAGAAGCAACACAAGCAAUACCAGGAGUAGAAUAUUUUUUUCUAGCAACAUUUUUCAUAAUUACCAUUAUAUUAGCUGUUUUAAUUAUAUUAAUUAUCCCUAAGAUCUUACGAAAUAAUGAAAAAUAUAAGAAAAUUAAGUAUAUAUCUGAGUAG